GCUCAAAUAAGUAGACUAAAAAUUCAAGGCAUAAGAUCCUUUGACAAUCAACAUCCUGAAUAUCUAAACUUUCACACUCCAUUAACACUAAUCGUUGGACAAAAUGGCUGUGGCAAAACUACAAUCAUUGAGUGUCUCAAAUAUGCGUCUACUGGUAUUCAGCCACCCAACAGCAAAGGUGGCGCUUUCAUUCAUGAUCCAAAGCUUACUGGAGACAAGGAAACAUUAGGUCAUGUCAAGCUCGAAUUUUGCAAUACCUCUCAAAAUAAAAUGGUUGUUUCACGGACCAUGUCUCUAACAACCAAGAAAGGAGGUGUCACACAGAAAACUCUUGAUUGUACACUUCUCAUGCACAAUCACGGUGAAAGAUACACGAUGAGUACAAGAAUGAUGGAUAUGGAUAAGAUCAUGCCUGCACAGUUAGGGGUCACGGCUGCCGUACUGGACAACGUGAUAUUUUGUCACCAAGAUGAAUCACUAUGGCCUAUGGCAGAGCCCCAAAAACUGAAAGAAAAGUUUGAUAAAAUAUUUGACGCUCAAAAAUAUACAAAAGCUAUUGAUAACAUGAUCAAGAUGCGAAAAACUCACAAGGAAGAGCUGGGGAAGCUCAUUAUUCAUGAAGCCAAUAGCAAAGUCAUGAAAGAAAAGGCCGAUCGAUCACAGAAGAGGAUGUCUUCGUUAGAGACAGAAAUUGAUGUUCUCCGCGAAAAAAUUGAAUCAUACAAUAGAGAUAUUAAAGCUGCAUCAGAAGUGGCAAAAGAAAAGAAAAUAGCCUCCAACAAGGCCCUCGGAACAGUCGAAGAAUUACGAACCAAGAAAGAACGAGCAAAUGACUACCAAUCAUUUCUAGAUACCCUAAAAUCUGAUUUGGAGGAACUCGAAGAAUCAGAUGAAUGGCUUCAGUCAACUUUGGACAAGUAUGAAGAGCGCAUGUCCCACUAUCGACAGAAAUCCCAGGACUUUAGCUCUCAACAUGAUAAACUAUUACAGGCCCAGGCGUCCUCUCGUCAGAUGGUCUUAGAAAAACAAUCCAAACUUGGCCUGUAUCAAGCUGAACAAAAGAGUCACGAAGCUAAUAUCCAGUCUCGCACUGAGCUCAUUAAAGAUAUAGCACGUAGUCUAUCCAUCGACGGCUAUUUUGGUAUUCUUGAAGAAUCUCAUGCUCAAGACUUCAUAAAAUAUUUGUACAAAUCUAUCCAAGAAAAAGACCAUGAAAUAGUCCGUAUUCGUAAUUCAACUAAUGACGAGCUGCACAGCGUUCAAGAACAAUUAUUAAUACUCGAAAAGAAAAAGACGACCCGUGCUCAAGAAAGUUUCAGUGCCAAGGAAAUAAUCAGUGAUAACAUAAAGCAGAUAGAGAUGAAGCAGAAAGAGGCUACCAUUAUAAAUGUUGAUGAGAGAACUAUAGCUGUCUUAGAUGCAUCAUUGGGUGAUCUAAGAGAACGGCUCGGCGACGCUAACAUUGAAUUUGAAGCUAUGGACUGGGAUGGGAAACUCAAAUGUGAAGUUAGUCGCUUAAGAGAACUAGAACUUGAAUCUGAUCGCCUUAAAAGCGAGCUCUUUGAUAGUAACAGGUUUGUAAAAGACCAAGCAGCUCUAGAGUACGCCAGAAACCAGAAAUUUUCAGUUCAGAAUUCUCUAGAAGCAAUAACUGAGAAAUACAAUGAAAAAUUUAAUCAAUUUUUUGGCCAUAACUGGCAGCCUACCUCUCUGCAGACAAACUUUCACACCUUGUAUAGCCAGAGAUCCAGAGCGUUAGCCCAAGCCAAAAGUGAAAAAGAAGACGCGGAGAGGAAAUUACGUGAUCACGAAUUUAAGCUGAAGACAUCAAAGGCCACUCUUCUAGACAAGAAUGAAGAAAUGUCGAGAUGUGAAGAAAUCAUCCUAUCCUCUAUUUUGACUUCAUCUGGAGAGAAACUUCAAAGUGUAGCAGACUUUUCCGAAGAAUUACAAGCUAUCGAGCAAGAGCAGAAUGAGCUGCGUCAAGAGAUAGGUAGUAUAUCUAUUGUCCGAGAAUAUUACGAGAAAAGCUUAAAAACUCUCCACGAACAGAGUUGCUGCCGACUCUGCGAAAGAAAAUUCUUAGAUUUAAAGGAAAAAGUUACGGCAGAAGAGAAAUUGCAGAGGAUGCUAAAGAAAUAUGUAGAAGAGCAAGCAAAGGAGGAAUUGAAAUUGUUGGAGCAAGAUCUUGAAAGGGCUUAUGCCGCUCGUCCGCAAUACGAAAUUUAUAAGAAUCUUCGUGACGUCGAGAUCCCAUCGCUUAAUCUUCAGAUCGAGGAAUUAGAAGCGGAAAAAAAGAAAUUUAGCUCGGAUCUUGAACUUAAGGAUGUCGAGUUCAAUAAAAGAUCCCAAGUAGAAAGAGAAAUAGAGACCCUCAGGGACCCUGUGAAUAGCAUAGUAAAAUAUCACUCCGAGAUAUCCACGCAACAGAAAUUAAUACAGACGCUGUCAGCACAACAAGAAUCAAUAGGAGUACGCGUGUCAGUAGAUGACAUUCAAGGGCUAUUAGCUACUUGUGAUGCAAAAGCACGUGCUGUUCGGGAAAAAAUCGACUGCCUUAAUAACAAGCAAAAUCGUGCGAGGCUUGAAAUAUCUAGUAUAGAGGUCGAGGUCGGAAAUCUCAGUCAGAAGCUGCGCUCCGCGCAACAUGAGAUGGAUAAAAAGCAAGCUCUUCUCCUUGCCAUCGAGGAAAUUAGGCAAAGUACUCAGCGUCAACGUGAAAUUAUACUUGAGGUAGACAAUGAACUUAAAAUCCUUGGUCCCCAAUUUGCGGAAAUUAGGAGCAAACACCAGGAUGUUCGACGAGAUGGCGAAGAAAAAUCCAAAAAGGUGCAAGCUGAGAAGGAUUACUUGGCACAAUCUUUAAAUAAAAUAAAUCUUUUCCAAGAUGUAAUCCACAAGUAUUUACAAGAUAAUGGACCCCAAAAGCUUAUGACAUGUGAAAAUGAAAUUAUUGGUAUUGAGCAGGAUCAAAAGAGAAUCGAUGAAGAAUUAAUUCAAGUCACUCUCAGAGCGAAUGAGCUGAAUUCCCUAAUAGCAGACAGUGAAAAGACCAAGAGAAGUAUCGUUUCUAAUAUUAGAUAUCGAAAGACAUUCCAAGAGUUGACUGAAACGCAUGAGGAUAUUGCUAAACUUGAAAAACGGAUGUCUACUGAAAAUGCUGAUUGCCUCAUACAAGAGCAUUUGGCAGCCGAGAAGCUUGGGCAAAAUCUUAUGGCUGAACGUGGACCUCUCGUUGGUCAGAUGAGUGCUAAAGAUAGCGAACUAACUGGUCUUAUCCAGGAAUGGGAGACUGAUUAUAGGGAUGCAGGGCAGAAGUACCGGGAGAUUCAUAUAAAGGUUGAAAUAACUAAGGCUACUAUUGACGAUGUCAUUAAAUGUACUCACGCCGUUGACAAUGCUAUAAUGAAAUACCAUACGCUAAAAAUGGAAGAGAUUAACUCGAUUGCUGGAGAUCUAUGGAGGAAUACAUAUCAAGGAACUGAUAUUGAUUCCAUUAUGAUACGCUCAGAAAGUGAAAACAAUUCUACCUCUACUAAGCGAAACUACAACUAUCGCCUCUGCAUGGUUAAGCAAGAUACUGAGCUAGACAUGCGAGGUCGUUGUAGUGCCGGUCAGAGGGUUUUGGCUAGUAUAAUUAUUCGAUUAGCUUUGGCGGAAUGUUUUGGGGUUAGUUGUGGGGUGAUAGCUCUUGACGAACCAACAACUAACCUAGACCGUGAAAACAUCACAGCCCUAGCUGAAUCCCUUAACCGGAUUAUCCGAGUGCGAAAGAGACAAAGCAACUUUCAACUGAUCAUAAUUACUCAUGAUGAGGAAUUUUUACAAGCUAUGAAGUGUAAUGAAUUCACUGAUAUAUACUGGCACGUGUCGAGAGACGUUCACCAGAAGAGUUCCAUUAAGAUGGAAUCCCUAAAGGAUAGUUGA